CGGGAUGGAGGCGAUGGCGCCUGCGCCCGGGUCCGCCCUUGGAAACGCGUCGGAAGCUGCGGAGCGGGCCUUGGUGACGCGUCCCGCGAAGCUCGAUGCCUCUGCCGGGACCAUGAAACUCACCCGCAAGGCGGUCCUGUCCCGGGCCAAGGCCACAGACCUCACAGGCGUCCGCAAGCUGAACUGCUGGGGCAGCCGCAUCACAGAUAUAUCCAUCUGCCGCGAGCUUCCCAACAUUGAAGUGAUCACGUUCAGCGUGAAUAACAUCUCCGACCUGGAGCCAAUGAACCAGUGCCAGCACCUCACUGAGCUGUAUCUCAGGAGGAACAGUAUCGCAAGCCUCCGCGAGCUCUUCCACUUAAAAAAGCUGUCCCACCUAAGAAUCCUCUGGCUGUCUGAGAACCCUUGCUGUGGCCCUGACCCUCAUCGUUAUCGGAUGACGGUGCUGCGGAACCUCCCCACUCUCCAGAAGCUUGAUAAUCAGAUGGUGACAGAGGAAGAACUGUCCCAUGCGCUGCUGGAAGGGGAGGAGAUAACGGCACCCCCAGCCAAAUCGGUCGUGGACAACUGUUGCCAAAACUCCACCACUGAGUCCAGUGUGACGGAGUCUACGGUGGAGAAUGAAAAUGAACUCCUGAACUUCAGCUUGGAGGAGACAAAUAAAAUCCGCGAGCAGCUUGGUAUGAAGCCUGUUGUUCCAAGAGAGAAGUUUUCCUCCUUCUCACCCAGGGAGAUGGAUGGGAACCGAAAGAAACGGAACAACAUCCUCAAUGCCAUCCUGCUACUCCUAGAAGAGGUGGAUUCAGAGGGACUAGAAGUUGUUCAUCAAACAGUUGGGAGCAAACUCCAAGCCUUCCAAAAGAGGGAACUCCAAGAGGACCGGUAGCAUUUCUCACGGAAAUUGUUUGGUGGAUCAUUGGAACGUGCAUCACCAGCCCUGGCUGCACCCUCUCCCUUGCUGCUGGGCUUUGUGUGGGGGAUGUGUGACCAAGUACAGGAAGAAACUACAUACAUCCCCUGUGCUUCAUGUGGUAGGACCUGGUUCUAUUGAUGAGCUUUCAUUGCAAUAGCAAUUUAUGUGCCUGCAUCUAUGCAAAUACUACCCAGCACACCACAAGGCCCACAACAGAGAGGGAGAACUAGUAUGCACAGAACUACAGCAGGUAGUUGUGACAUGGAGAAAAGGUGGGGCAUUUGUGGCCCCACCUCCUUCUGGUGCCUCCCAGUUAGAAGAAUCAUUUGUAGUCUUGCUUCAGAAGUGGCUCUGUCAGUCUAAGCCUGAGCUGCGGCUGGCUUCGUUAGCAUGAUGUCCUUACCUUGCAUCAUAAUGUUGGAGCAAAAAUAAACUUCAUGCCUCCAUCCUCAUACAGCAAGGAGCUUUUGACCUUGGCUGUAAGGUCAGAAUUUCACACACACACAAUCAUUGAACUUUUAAAUUUAGUGGCAAGUGUCUAGUUUUUCCCUACAACUUUCUCUUCUCUCCUACAUAGUGUUUUGGACUUGAUGAAAAGGCUGUCAUCUGCUGAAAAAAUAAAUUGAUAUAUUGUUUUCA